CGUGGCGCACGCGCCAUUGGAGGACGGCCGAGGGUCCAGAUCCAAGCCAACGUGCGGCUGAGAUGGUGAAGACCGGCAGCUCACGCCCUCAGCCUGCCCCACGCGUGUAAUAAAAGCCAUGUUCUCUGCGUACCGAGAUGGGGUUUCUCAGCGCUGGGCCUGCUCGCUCUUUUCUUUUCCCCCGACGCCUCUCCCGGUUCCCUUGCUGCCGACCCCUUGAGACAUGUGGUUCGUCGGCUCUCCGUUCAGACGCCUGUCGACGAGAGACUACUGCGAUGGGGUGGACGGCAAGGCCUUCUGGCCCGCGACGAACGACACGUACCACCUCGACUCCUCCGUCCUGCUGAGCUGGUUCGCCGGGAAGGCGAGCAGCUAUACCAGCACCACCGCCGCUCUCUGGAACGUCUGGCUCCAGGACGCCCAGUACGACGAGAAAGCUGCGGCGGGAGCGAAAGGGUUCAGAGAUGUCAUUUACUCGAGAAACUUCACCUACACCGUCGAGGGUGACAACUGGCGGUGGGUGCCCACCGACGUUUGCAACCAGACCGUCGUGUCAUGCAUGUGGACGGUGCCCCGCGACUUCCAGGGGACGGGUAGCUACGUCGUGGUCGCCGUCCGCGAGGCGGCCGCCGCUCUGAGCGCGUACACGGCGGCAAGCGGCCCGUUCACUAUCGUGGCGUCCGCCGACCCUACGGCGUGGGCGGCGGAGCUGGGGGCUGGGUAGCCGGGUAGAGGCGGCGGCGGCGGCGACGGCUGCGGUGCGGCGUGGCGGACGCACUCGGGUCUUCGAAAUGUACUAGUUCUCUAU